UGUACAGAAAAAGCAAGACGCCGCGUGGGAUGAAAAAUUCAGAAACUUUUGCUAAAUUCUAACAAAUCUACGAUUUUAACAAAGAAGUCGCUCGAUUGAUUUAAUAUUGAGUGCUGGCUGCACAUAUUUGCUCUGCCGCAUUUUGUUUAUUUUGCUGUGCUGUUGGUUUAUUGUAAGUGGUCACUUUGGUCAUUUUUUUGCAAAAUGGACGUACUUAGCCUCAUCGCGGAAGUACAGCAGCGGCGUGCUCUGUGGGACACAAGCAUUCCAUUUUUUAUUCGCAAGGUCGAAUGGAAUAUACAGUGGCUGGAUGUGUCUGACGCUUUGAAGGUGGACGUUGCGACAUGCAAGAAGCGCUUCAAAAGACUGAGGGAAAGGUACCGCUGCGAGAUCCGGAAGAUACAGCAGGGUAGCUUGCAAGUGUCCAACUGGACGUACUUUCGCAGCUUGGAGUUCAUGCGCUGCAUAUUCGAUCCAACCGGUCUCGUGGCAUUCGCCCCCGAGCACUACGAGUUUAAAUUUGAGUCGGAAGAGUCAACAAUAAUCUACCAUGAUCAGAAACUGUGGGAUGACCUUAACUUCGAUCUGGACAAUGAUGAUUCGAUAGAUUUUGUAAUUAUGGGCGACAUAUUCAAGCGUGACUCGCCCGAGCAAUUGCAUCUGCCAGCGAAUCACUCAAUGCUGGCCGGGCCUUCGUCCUCGUAUGACGGUCCCAUUUGUAAUGACAACUGCCUGAUCAACAGUCAAAUGACAACAACAAACGUAGCGGACUCACUUUCAGUAGCCAGCAGUCCUUCAAGAUCCGAGUCCAAUGACGAUGCUGACUACAAUUUUUUGGCUAGCCUUAAACCGCACGUGCAGUCCCUCUCGGACACGGGCAAACUCAAAUUUCGCAUGGAAGCCAGCCGCAUUCUGAUGGAACUAAAAAAAGAGGAGGCGACGCCUGAACCCCCCGGUAUGGAGGCUGAUACGGAUCCAAAUACAUAUUUUGUACCCAACAGCUAUAUGAACGACUAUGAAGGCAAUACGAUGGACGAGUGCGAAGUUAAGAUAGAAAAUGAACCUUUGCUAUAAGGUUCAUAGAUGUGGAAUGAACAUGAGAAACUAUAAGCCGGAGAACAUGGAACAUGGAAAAAAUGCGCUUAAUCAAAAUCCACACAUAUUCUUGUAAUUCUUAUCACCUUAUUGAAUAUGUUUUUCCAAAAUAUAUAUUAUGGUGGCAGAUAAUGCCCCGAAAGAGGGGAUCCUUCUACUAUCUGU